AUGAUUUCCGCGCCUUUGAUUGCUUCGGUUCUUGUCUACGGUUCCGCCAUCGUCACUGGUCUGACGCUGCAAAGACGUGCAGUCGACUUCUUUGACCCGGCCCAGGGCGGCGGCAGCAUCUUUGACAACGCGACGUUUGGCGGGGAGCCCUUGAAUGUCAUUAUAUCCGGGCCGAGCUCUCCUGAUGUCCUCACGGACGACGGCAUCCUGAACUUUGCGCAAGCGAUCGGCUUCUCUCAAGAGUGCCUUGGUCUCCACCUCGGAGACCCGCAGACGGCGAACCUCGGGGAUGGGAACGGGUCGGUGAACCAGACCGUUGAGUUCCGACAGGAUUUCGGGAGCGAUUUCCUGGGCACUUGCCUCGAGAGCCUGAUCGGCGGGAACCACUUCCGAGUCUUCAGACAGAACGGUGCACAAGCGAACAGCGGAGCGCUCUUCCUAGCUGCUUCCAAGGAGCAGCCGGUGAACCAGAACCACGACAUCAUCCCGGAUGGGUACAACAUCGGCCGAGAUGAGCUGGUGGCAGCCGCAGUGGGCACGAAGAGUCACGGUGGGGUGACGUACCAGGUCGAUGCGAAGAACAUCACUGGGAUCAUGCCUGCGGGGAGCGAUGGAGUCAACCAUGGAAUCGCUGUAGACGGUAUCGUCACUCUCUUGACAGUUACGAUCCAGUGA